AUGAUGAACUUCUUCUUGACAACAUCUUUAAUUAUUUGCAGCAUCAGCUGGAUCUCUGUCUCAGUUUCUGAGUCUCAGACUGUGGAGGUCCAGUCUGGUGAAGACGUCACACUGCUGUGCUCCAACAUUUCCAAAAAUGAAGGUGUAACAUUCUGGUUCAGACUUGUCCAGAGAACCAACAUCAGCUGUAUCUCUGUUAUGAUCACAUCUAAAAGCAAUGCUACAUUCUGUGAUGGAUAUCAAGAUGGAAGAUUUGAAAUGAGCUCCAACAUCUCUGCUCUCUUUCUCAAAAUCAAACAAGUAGAUUUAUUUGACUCUGGACUGUAUUUCUGUGGAUUUUAUACAGACGGACGUCCAAGUUUCAGUGUAAUACAUUUAGACAUUAAAGUGAUGAAUCUCAUGAUGAUGCUGACAGAAAGUCUACAAUGUGAUAAAAUAACAAAGCUGGUGAGUGUGAUCCUGGGCGGCCUGACUGUUUUCCUCAUAAUGGUCAUCAUCUGUCUGGUUGUUAAAAACAGGAACGUUCAGAAAGCUGCCAGUGAAGAACAGAAUCCACAACAGAAUGCGAACCUGGGCUCUGAUGACCUGAACUACGCAGCAGUGAAUUUCAGUGCAAAAGCAAGAAGAAGAGAAGUGGAGCCCAAUGUUGUGUAUUCUGCUACUAGAUAGACUGAGGAAACAAGAAAUGCUGUUCAGGAUGUAACUGAUGCUUUGUCAUGUUAAUCUGCAGUUGUGCUUUUGUGUGGGUGGUGGACAGCAAAACUUAGCAUCACUAAAAAAAUGCGCAAUCUUCAACUUUGUGCUAAGUUUUAAUGCUUAUCUUUCUUGUAAAUAAAUAAUUAGAUUACAGCCAUACGGACAUUAUUGUGAAAGCUGACUGAAUAUAAUGUGUCUAUACUGGUACGGGGAAGAAAAAUACAAAGAUAUACUAGCCAAUCCCUGGUUUUAAACCCGGGUUGUGUUUUUUAAAUGAACAUGUACUGCAUGUGUGGUGAGAAAACUGUUCUGUCUGUAUCAGCCUAAAGAGAAGUCUCGACCACAGGAAAACCGACCUUCAGCUUUUUCUCUAGUGUGUUUCUUUGACAACGUUUCAUCAAACAACCACAAAAGACACCAAAUAAAAAUAUCACAGUUAA